AUGGAAUCCCACGACGAUUAUGAAACUCAGAGUCAGCUCCAGGUGAGUCAGCUUUUCAACAACUCUAAAAAAUUUGCUUUUCUAAUUUGCAGAGAGCGCUCGCCGACAAAAUAACCAACUAUGCGCCAAUCGAAGAAAUCCGCUACACCCUAUUGCGUGGAGCACAGGUCUGUCUCGAGCCAGCUCGACGUGUUUUUCUUGUUUUGUUUGCCCAACUCAUAAAAUAAUCAUUGACGCCUGGAACGUUAUAUACAACAACCGGCUGGUCAAUCUAGGAGCUGCAGACAGAACAGAAAAACAAAAGUUCAACGUCUCAGGGAAAGGGGCAGGGGUAGGGGGGGGGCAAGAAAAACACGUGACUAAAUCGGUGGUCAGGGCAUUGACUAUAUUGUUGCAGGUGGAUGGUCAAGUCACCGCCGGGUUGACACCUCUCCAUUACGCCUGCUUUAUCAACUAUUUGGCCGCUGCAAAACUUCUCCUCAACCUCGGUGCCAAGGUUUGCGAUUUUGAUUGGAAUGAAAAGUGAACUUACGAAAUGCCCAGGACGUUCCAAAUUUUGUCAUAGACGGGUGGGGAACAAGUCACAGGCACUACAAAACACAAGAUAUGCGCCCCCGAUUUUCCAUUUUUUACGCUUUUUUAUCAAUGACACAGCGCCAAUUUGUGAAGACAAUCAUAAGUCAGAUAGAUUGUUUAGAAAACAGGCUCCAAGUCAUGGACAAAACUAGUACUACAUAGCACAAGGGGUGGGGUGAAGGGGGCGGGAGGUGACUAAUCAAGUGUUGUCUUUCCCGCCGGGUAUAAAAGAAAAACAGAAAAGAAAACGGCAACAUUGAAGGUGCAAGCCGUCGACAACAUUGGCUGUUCUGCGCUUCAUCUUUGCGCUGAGCACGGACACUACAGAAUGAUCAAAUUGUUGCUGCAGGUAAGUAAAUUCGAAUCUCGUCGCCGGAUAUAAAUAGAUGUUUUUGUAGUAUAUGAAAGUGGUCGAACAGUACGAGACUCCAGAGUUUCGUGUUGGAGACAAAUAUCCACAACGGGAAAAUAUUGACGAGCCACUUCGCUUGGCUAUCAAGGUAAGUAAUGGCACUGUGACCCGCCCCUCUUUCGCUUUCUAUUUCUCAUAGUUUUCUCUGAUAAUGAUUGUGAUGGCUGCGGUUCGUUUUUCUCGCUUAUCACUUUUCCUCAAAAACACCCUAACUUUUCCAGAACGGUCAUUACGACUGCGCCCGUCUUCUCCUUGCCAAUGGAGCCAACCCGAACGCCAUUUACUUCGAUGGUCCCGAAAUCACUCAAGUGAGCCCACUGGAUACCAACUUCUUGGAGCUGCUCUUGGAGUUUGGAGCCGAUCCGAAUGUGUUCGACCGCAAGGGACUCACCCCCAUCAUGAAGGCCUGUCGGAUGCGUGACAAGGGCAUUGAGGCAAUCAAAAUCCUUCUAAAGUUUGGCGCCGACAUCAACAAGUUGUCGCCGGAACGUCAGGAUCACAGAAGUGCUCUGCAUUUUGCUCUUCUCUCCGGAAAUCAUGAACUGGUCAAGUUCUUGAUUGAGAAUGGGUGCAAAGUGAAUAUGGAUGUGAAAUACGAAAAACCAUCGCCAAUUGACAUCGCUGUUUUGAAAGAUGACCCAGAUCUCUUGAAGAUUGUCCUUGACGCUGGCGCGAAUCCAAACGCAGUUCACACGUAUAUUGGCUCCUGUCUUCAUUUGGCUUCUUGCUCUUGUAAGUUUAUUUGGACUAAAUAAAAUUAACAAGUUUAUGUUGUUACUUUUUCAGCGCUUCUCAACCAGUACAAGAUUAUCGAGUUGCUUCUAGAACACGGUUCGGACGUGAACCUCCAGCACCAGUUCCCUGACGGUUCCCGCCUCAAGAGCCCGUUUGUCGAGUACUUCCGCUCUAAUGACAGCAUCGACGCGAAAGUUGUGAAAUUGUUUCUGACUCACGGAGCAAAGGUGGUGAUGAGAAACCCACUGCACGACUGCCGUGGUCAGCUGAGAAAUGUGCUCAAGUUGGCGGCUCUGCAAAACCAGCCAGAGGUCCUGGAACUUCUGCUGGGGCUCGGCGAGCAGUACGACAACAAGGCCAUCGAACGACUUCCACUGCCUACAGAGCUCAAAACUCAUAUCAGCGAGAGAGCCAAGUGAGUUGUCCCCACACAUUCUGUACUAGGAUCAAUGUACUCUUUCCAGAAACCCGCACAGCCUUUUGCACCUUUGCCGCAUUCAAAUCCGCGACACAGUUCAAACUUCCGAGUACAAAACCCUUCCGAUCCCGGAGUACCUGAAGGCCUAUUUGUUGGGACUGAUCCCAUAA